CCACAGAGCAGGGCUCCGACAUGGCGAAAAGCACGGCCAUCGGCAUCGACCUGGGCACCACCUACUCCUGCGUGGGGGUGUUCCAGCACGGCAAGGUAGAGAUCAUCGCCAACGAUCAAGGUAACCGCACCACCCCCAGUUACGUGGCCUUCACCGACACCGAGCGGCUCAUCGGGGAUGCGGCCAAGAACCAGGUGGCGCUCAACCCGCAGAACACGGUGUUCGACGCGAAGCGGCUGAUCGGCCGCAAGUUCGGUGACCCGGUGGUGCAGUCGGACAUGAAGCACUGGCCCUUCCGGGUGAUCAACGACGGCGAAAAGCCCAAGGUGCAGGUGAGCUACAAGGGGGAGACCAAGGCGUUCUACCCCGAGGAGAUCUCGUCCAUGGUGUUGACCAAGAUGAAGGAGAUCGCCGAGGCCUACCUGGGCUACCCGGUGACGAACGCGGUGAUCACCGUGCCGGCCUACUUCAACGACUCGCAGCGCCAGGCCACCAAGGAUGCGGGGGUGAUCGCGGGGCUGAACGUGCUGAGGAUCAUCAACGAGCCCACGGCGGCCGCCAUCGCCUACGGGCUGGACCGGACGGGCAAGGGGGAGCGCAACGUCCUCAUCUUUGACCUGGGCGGGGGCACUUUCGACGUGUCCAUCCUGACGAUCGACGACGGCAUCUUCGAGGUGAAAGCCACGGCCGGGGACACCCACCUGGGUGGGGAGGACUUUGACAACAGGCUGGUGAACCACUUCGUGGAGGAGUUCAAGAGGAAGCACAAGAAGGACAUCAGCCAGAACAAGCGGGCCGUGAGGCGGCUGCGCACUGCCUGCGAGAGGGCCAAGAGGACCCUGUCGUCCAGCACCCAAGCCAGCCUGGAGAUCGACUCCCUGUUCGAGGGCAUCGACUUCUACACUUCCAUCACCAGGGCGCGCUUCGAGGAGCUGUGCUCCGACCUCUUCCGCAGCACCCUGGAGCCGGUGGAGAAGGCUCUGCGUGACGCCAAGCUGGACAAGGCGCAGAUCCACGACCUGGUCCUGGUGGGAGGCUCCACGCGCAUCCCCAAGGUGCAGAAGCUGCUGCAGGAUUUCUUCAACGGGCGCGACCUCAAUAAGAGCAUCAAUCCUGACGAGGCGGUGGCCUAUGGGGCAGCAGUGCAGGCAGCCAUCCUGAUGGGAGACAAGUCUGAGAACGUGCAGGACCUGCUGCUGCUGGACGUGGCUCCCCUGUCGCUGGGGCUGGAGACGGCUGGGGGCGUGAUGACUGCCCUGAUCAAGCGCAACUCCACCAUCCCCACCAAGCAGACGCAGAUCUUCACCACCUACUCCGACAACCAGCCCGGGGUGCUGAUCCAGGUGUACGAGGGUGAGAGAGCCAUGACACGCGACAACAACCUGCUGGGUCGAUUCGAGCUGAGCGGCAUCCCUCCGGCCCCCAGGGGCGUGCCCCAGAUCGAGGUGACUUUUGACAUCGACGCCAAUGGCAUCCUCAACGUCACGGCCACUGACAAGAGCACGGGCAAGGCCAACAAGAUCACCAUCACCAACGACAAGGGCCGCCUGAGCAAGGAGGAGAUUGAGCGCAUGGUGCAGGAGGCAGAGAAGUACAAAGCCGAGGACGAGGUGCAGCGGGAGAGGGUGUCUGCCAAGAAUGCUCUGGAGUCCUAUGCCUUCAACAUGAAGAGCGCUGUGGAGGAUGAGGGGCUCAAGGGCAAGAUCAGCGAGAGUGACAAGAAAAAGGUGCUGGACAAGUGCCAGGAGGUGAUCUCCUGGCUGGAUGCCAACACCCUGGCCGAGAAGGAUGAGUUUGAGCACAAGAGGAAGGAGCUGGAGCAGGUGUGUAACCCCAUCAUUAGUGGACUGUACCAGGGAGCAGGUGGCUCUGGGGCUGGUGGCUUUGGGGCUCAGGCUCCCCAAGGGAGCUCUGCGUCUGGCCCCACCAUUGAGGAGGUGGAUUAGGGACUCUUAUCUCAUUUGUCCAUGUACAGCUUUGAGACAGUUGGGACUAAAGGGUUUGUACUACAUUGUAUUUCCUUCUCCGUCAGUUCUCAGCUUCAUAUAUUUGUUGAAAAGUUAAAUUGCA